AAGCGCGGCAUGCGGCAUGCGACGGCGGCGGCGAAAAACCCAACGGGCGAAACUAUAAGAGACGCGCGAAUAGGUAGCGUCGCACGUAGUUAACCUGAAUCAUCCGACGGGACGAAAGUUGAAAUUCGCACACGUGCCCCACACAUAAAUCAAAUCAAAUCAAGAAGAUGCCUGGACCAUCACGACCAUUAUGGCAGGUUGCUGGUAAACGCGACCCAGAACAAGAACGUGAAGCACAAGAAUGGGUCGAGCAGGUAACAGGCAUGCGGUUUCCACCAGGAGUGCCCUAUGAAGAGGUCCUGCGUGAUGGUAUUCUUUUGUGCAACUUGAUGAAUCGCCUCCAGCCUGGAAUCAUUCAGAAAAUUAAUACUUCCGGUGGAGAUUAUAAAAUGAUGGACAAUUUGAGCCAAUUUCAGAAAGCUUGCGUAAAAUAUGGCGUCCCUGACGUUGAUCUCUUCCAAACCACGGACCUUUGGGACAUGAAAAACAUUGCGUUAGUCACGACAACAAUUUUCGCCAUUGGUCGCACUGCAUAUAAACAUCCAGAAUGGCGCGGACCUCAUCUUGGUCCCCGUCCUUCAGAAGAACACAAACGUGAUUUCACUGAAGAACAAUUACGCGCUGGUGAGGCUAUCAUAGGUCUGCAAGCCGGCACAAAUAAACUCGCAACCCAAUCUGGGCAAAACUUCGGCGCAUCGAGGAAAAUCAUCUUCGGAAAGUAAAAACUUACUUUCACAUAAAAAAUUUAAUUUCAUGCAAUAUAAGCAUUUGAAUCUUUAUCGUAAUGGUACUAACGCCACAGAAACGCAAAGACUAAACACUUCUAACCUAAAUUCUAGCAAUUAUAGUAAAAUUUAAUAUUUAUGUAUCUUAAUAUUUAAAAAGAAAAUACAAGUAUGAUUAUUU